ACCAUGCAUCCUAGGGCGACGCGGCCGCUGCUCUGGUCACUGCUUUGGGGGGCCUUGGUCUGGGCGGUGGAUGCCGUGGGCUUGGGGGACCCCAUGCCCGGUGUGUGCUGGCUCCACAAAGGCCAAGUGGGCAAAUGUGGCCUGGUGUUGAGGACUAACGUGACCUGGGAGGACUGCUGUGCUUCUGGCAAUGUGGACAGGGCCUGGUCCAAUGCCACCCAUCCGGAGAGCAGAAUCAACCUUCUGAGUUUGCUGGGCCUCAUCCACUGUCUCCCAUGCAAAGAUUCCUGUGACGGCGUGGAGUGCGGCCCUGACAAGAAGUGCCGCAUGCUGGGGGACCGCCCGCGCUGCGAGUGCGCCCCGGACUGCACGGGGCUCCCCGGCGGCCUGCAAGUGUGCGGCUCCGACGGCGCCACCUACCGGAACGAGUGCGAACUGCGCUUGGAGCGCUGCCGAGGCCGCCCGGAGCUGCACGUCAUGUACUACGGCCGCUGCCAAAAGUCCUGCGCGAACGUGGAGUGCCCACAUCCACAGUCGUGCGUAGUGGACCAGACGGGCAGCACGCAUUGCGUGGUUUGUCGUGCGGCGCCCUGCCCCAUGCCCUCCAAGCCCGGCCAGGCGCUCUGCGGGAAGAACAAUGUCACCUAUGCCUCCCCGUGCCACCUGCGCCAGGCCACCUGCUUUCUGGGCCGCUCCAUCGGCGUGCUGCACAAGGGCAGCUGCGCAGGUGUCUCCAGAGGACUGCCCGAAGUAGAGUCUGAGAAUUUCCUGUGAGCAGCAGCCAAACACCUCCAUUUUAUUUAUUACCCGAGUCUAAUUUAUGACAUGGACGCGCUUUGAACUCAGUCAGUGCCUGAGUGUCCACUGUGGAUCCCCAAGUGUGUUGGCCAGGUCAGAUUAGGGUACUUCCUUGGGAAGCCCCCAGCCUCUGUACCUCAGACACCUGUUCUCUGAGAGGACCUCUCACUUCUGUCACCACCAAGAGCACCGGGUCCCCCUUUCCUGAUCCACCCACUUACUUUCUGAAGUGGUGAGGAGAGUCUGCCUUUGAGGAUGAGUCCCAGUGCACAAAGACAGCGGUCAGGACACUGCUGUUCACAUGGGGCCAGGCUUCUAGACGCCGUUCCAGCCCACCUCCUGUCAACCAGUUCAGGUGACACGCGUUCGGCACUGUUUAGAGCCUAUCCCCCACACCAUGCACCCUCUCCCAACCCAGCUGUCACUCAGAAUCAGCCACCUGUGCCUUCAAGGAGACCAAAGGCUCAGCCCAUGUGCGGGGACACAGUACAAGAGAAUACAAGCCUCUCCAAGUUUCCAAGUUUGGGGCCAGGAGUGCCCAAGAUAUUUGUUGGUUCGUUUUUUGUUUUUGUUUUUUUUUUUCCCUGAGGCAGGGUCUCGCACUAACCUGGGAUGACCUGGAACUUACUUUGUAGUCCCAGGCUGGCCUCAAACUCACCGCGAUCCUCCUAUCUCCGCUUCCCAAGUGCUGGGCUUAAAGGUGUGCGUCACUAUGCCAGGCCUGCCCAAGUUUAUGCCAUUAUCCUCCAGUCUCCAAUUGUGCCUUGACUUGUGAUGUCAAGAAAAGUGUGCUCAGUGGGGUUCCUCAGAGCUUCCUGUGAGGAAGCCUCUUCGCACACUGGGGUCCUGCCUUGGAAAAGAAAUAAAAACUGAAAAAGAG